CGCCCGCACACCUCCUGGUCCCCUCACCCCAGGGGCAGCCCCGGCCAGGAGUCCCGCUCCUUCCGGGGGCACCCAGACCCCAUGACACAGAGAUGACAGCGUCCUCAGGCUCCCCAGGCGCCUCGAGUCCAGCACAGCGGCAGACUGAGGUCCUCGCGCACGCCCACUGGUCCCACCGCCCGCUUCCCCCUUGUCUGAGGGCCAUUAGCCCCGGACCAGAGAACACAGGGGUCCUGGAGCCCCCCGAAGCUGGCCCACAUCCACCCCUCUGCGUCCUGUGGGCCCCACCGCACAUCCCAGGUCUGCCCACACCUCCUGCUGGGCUCCACCCCUGCCAGGCUCUCCCGUCCUCAGUCCUCCAUCUUCACCGUCCCCAGUGUCCUCACUGUCCCCAUGUCUCCACUGUCCCCACCAGCCCCAGGUCCCCACUGCUCCCAUGUUCCUAUUGUACCCAUUGUAGCCAUGUCCUCACUGUCCCCAUGUCCCCAUCAUCCCCAUGUCCUUAUCAUCCCCAUGUCCCCACUAUCCCCACUGUCCCCUUGUCCCCACUGUCCCCCUGUCCCACUGCCUCCGUGUCUCCACAGUCCCCAUGUCCCCAAUGUCCCUGCCAUCUGCUCUCCCACUGUCCCCGGGGCCCUCCCAGAAUGCCACCCUUCUCUUGUCUCUUGGCGCGGCUCUGUGCGUCCUCCCUCCCCCACGGCAGGUGGAUUUCGCAGACACACACGUGACAGGCUUGCUGCCCAGCCUGCAUCCUGCACAAGCUGGAUCGGCCACAUCAGGUCCUCAUCAAAGUCUCUCAUCUGACCCCUGACACCCUGCUCUAUGUCACCCCAGACACUCAGUUCUCUUUCUGUUCCUCAGACUCUCCCUCCCCCACCUCCAGCCUCCACCUGCAGCGUCCUCACCCGCCCCCUGCGGUAACUCCUGCCCGGCUCCUCCUCACCUGACGGCCGCAAAUGUCUCCCUCCUUAUAGGGCAGGGACCUUGUCGCAGGUCUGUCUGGCGUCAAGGUCUUUCUCCUCACUCCAUGCCACCUCCCCAAACUGCCGCACCUGAUAGAGAACAUCUUGGCGGCGUGUUCCUUUCUCACAGAAACGCAGUCUUUGUGGAGUCUAGACCAAGGUCUUGUGGUGGCCCCAGGGCAUCACCAGGCCUGCAGGCCCCUUCUCUGCUCCGAGGUUCAGAGCAUGGCCGCCGGCACCAGGGUCACCUCUUAACCCAACAUGGCUGCUAGGGCUCCCGCCAUUGCGUGUGCUUGUGGACUGGAAGGCAGAGAAAGGCAGAAAUAAGGAAAAGGCCCUUCAGGCUUCACUGCCGCCCUCUACAGUGCCGUCCUGGGGUUCCCACCAACCAGCCUCCUUCCGUGUUAUCUCAUGGCCACGGUCACACAGCCCCAGGAGCCGAUCCAGAGCCCGGGUGCUGCCUCCUGUUCCAUGAGGCUGAACAGUGCUGGCCUGUGUGGCACAGAUGGAGAGCCCAGAUGGGGCAGAGCCAGCUGCGUGACUCCCUCCCUCUUCACACCGAGGGAAAGGCUCUUCCUCAUCACGGACCCUGAGCGCCAGCUCUGUUCCCUCCUAGGGGCCCUGCCCAGACCCACCAUCUGGGCGGAGCCAGCCUCUGUGGUCCCCUGGGGCCAGCCCGUGACCAUCGGCUGCGGAGGCCCUGCGGAGGCUGAGAUUUUCCACCUGGAGAAGGAGGGCAGACCCUCGUAUCAGGGUAUGAGGAACCACCUGCACGGGACGGAGGCCAGAUUCCCCAUCGGGGCAGCAGGGGAAGACACGGCUGGACUCUAUCACUGCGCCUACUACCAAGGUUUCACCUGGUCUGAGAGCAGCGACACGCUGGAGCUCAUGGUGACGGCCCCUCCGUCCCCCAAUUACAGGGUGGGGAACUGCGUCCGCCUGAGCCUGGCCGGUGUGGUCUUGCUGAUCCUGGUGCUGAUUCUGGCAGAAGCGUGGUACAGCCAGAGCAGGUCCCAACAGAGACUGCAGGGAAGGAAGCAAGAGGUCACCCAGCAGAGACUAGACCCCCAGGUCCCAGGAGGGACAUCCCCUGACCUUUGAGGUGCAGGCUGAGGAGACCCAGUGCCGUCCACGUACUGUGUGCACAGAGAGGCUGUUCUGGCCGACCCAGAACUGCCAGGGCUGAUGUCCAUCCCUGCUCACAUCUAAAUGUUUGGCGAUCUCAGCACCUGAGGGCUCCAGGGUGUAACUCCCCACCUCUCUGGAGCCCGGCACUCCCAGGGGUCCUCUGGGAACUAGGCCCCAGGCUCUCACUGACACCUGUCACCUAUCUCGCUUAGGGAGACCCCCAAGUGCACCUGCCCGGGGUCUCCACACAGCCCGGUUCUUCUCGUCCUGGAUGAUCUCUGCCUUCCUCCGCCUGCCGGCUGCUCCUGGGCCCUGUGGUGCAGGAUUACGGGGCCAGGGAAGGACAUGCAAAUCAAGGCCCCGCUGAGAGAGUCCCGCAGGCUCACGGAGCUUUACGUAUUUAGAGCGUUGUUAGAAGAAACGAACAGGUGCUGGGUGGACGUGGGAACCCUAACUGAGGGGUGCGGCGCGUGUAAACCGGCUGGCAGUUCCCUGGAAAGUGAACACAGGGGCGCCUGGCUGGCUCAGUCGGUUGAGCUUCCAACUUCGGCUCAGAUCAUGAUAUCACGGCUCGCGGGU